AAACGAUCGGGAAAAGCGAGAUUUUGUUUCUGCGGGAGCGGCGGCUGGAGUCUCGGCCGCUUUCGGUGCUCCAAUUGGCGGUGUUCUCUUUUCAUUGGAAGAAGGAGCAAGUUUCUGGAAUCAAAGCUUGACAUGGAGAAUGUUCUUUACUUCGAUGUUCUCUUCUUUCACUGUGAGUGCAAUCCUGGCCUGGUAUCACGGCGCUGGAGCUUGGCUUUCUUGGAACGGACUGGCUAAUUUUGGCGUUUUUGAGGACAAAGACUACAACCUCUUCGAGAUCCCAUUCUUUUUGGCGAUUGGUGUAAUUGGUGGAGUGAGUGGAGCCUUCUUCAACUAUCUUAACAUCAAUUUGGCCAAAUUCAGGAAAAAGUACAUUUUGACGAAAAAGCAGCGCUUACUCGAGGCGAUCAUCAUUGCUGCGACGUCAGGGUUUUUCGGAUUCUUGACACUGUUUCUUGUUGAUGAUUGUCAACCGAUUGGAAUCAAUCCCGAAACAACAGCAGUAAAUCAGCUCUGGUGCCCGAAAGGUGAGUACUCGGCUGUGGCGAAUCUCUUCUUCGAUGGAUCAGAAGGAGGAAUAAAGAGUCUAUUCCAUUCUCCAAUCAACUCUUUUCGUCCGUACACUCUUUUGAUCUUCGCCGUCGAAUACUUCUUCCUCACCGCUUGGACUUUUGGAGUAUCGGUUCCAGCCGGCAUUUUCAUUCCCCUCUUAUUGACUGGUGCUGCAUGGGGGCGAUAUAUUGGUGUCGGCUUGGCGCAUCUCAUCCCAUCUGUCGUUGGAACUCACCCAGGCAAAUAUGCUCUAGCUGGCGCGGCUGCUCAAUUGGGCGGAUCAGUUCGGAUGACGAUCUCAUUGACGGCCAUUUUGAUGGAGGCCACAAAAGAUAUCUCGUUUGGUCUUCCAAUCAUGUUGGUGCUAAUGACGGCGAAACUUGUUGGCGAUAUAUUCAAUGAGGGUAUCUAUGACUCAUUGAUCGAUCUACAAGGAAUUCCUGUACUUGGUUGGCAUCCACCCAAAAUGAGUCGAAAUAUCAACGCAAAACAGAUCAUGCGAAAAGAUGUGGUGGCUUUGGAGAGGAGAGAACGUGUGGGGAGACUGAAGGAGAUUCUAGAAACAACUUCACAUCAUGGAUUUCCGGUCGUCGAUCGCAUUGAAGAGAGCAUGACCGGGAACUUGCCAGACUAUGGCCAGAUUCAAGGGAUUAUUUUGCGAUCACAAUUAGUUCGGAUCCUGGAGCGAAGGGCGUUCACAAUUCAUCCUGAUGGCCGAACCGGUUGCCAAUGGGUUUUGUCUCAUGAGGAUUUCCUCGAUGAAACAGACUGCAAAGAGAAGACAGUGGCCGAGCUCGGGCUGAGGAACGAAGAUUUUGGUUGUUGGGUUGAUCUCUCUCCGGUUCUCCAUUCACAUCCACAUCGAGUUCCGCUAAACGCUUCACUUCCCUUCGUCUACCAAAUAUUUAGAGGCUUGGGAUUACGGUAUUUGAUGGUGGUCAACGAGGAGAAUCGGUUACGAGGUGUGAUCACUCGAAAAGAUGUGGCUCGAUUCAAAGAGACGAGAAAGAGAAGAAGAUAUCGAGUGAGAGAGCUUUUCAUAUCCGAAGAUGGUGGACCAAAU